UUGUCAUCACAUAUUCACAUACCAUGAUGGUCUUUGAUAUCAAGAGGUCGGUGGAUAAUCGACAUCACUUGCUAACAAAUUGUUAAUACUAUGGACGACCGGCGAGUGGAAAAACCGUCGUCCAAAUCUCAGUCGUUCAAACUCUCAAACCCUCAUAAACUCUCUAUUUUACAGUUAAUUAGAGGUUUUCAGCACACGACUUUCCCACCUCCCACAUUCCUACGCUCCAUCUUCUUCGUCUACCACAUAAUAGAAACCGCCAUGUUCCCCCUACUCUCUCGGAACUCAAUGCAUAUAAAUGGAGAUCUAUUGUGAUAUAGAACAGACGUCUCCUUUCCCACCGAUCAAGCUUCCGCAUGAUUAUUAUCCCUCCGCCUUUCCCUGCGAAUACGCUCCCACAUCCCAUAAUCAAACUCCCGAAACUGCCUCCUUCUAGUCCUACCGACACCAUAUUCCUACCAACACCAUUAAAUUGGAAUCCCUAGAUGCUCUUGUCAUCGAAAUAGCCAAAUCAAAGAUUCAUCUCAUUUGCUUCUUCUUAUUAUUUUUAGUGAUCAACGAUGGAACAUAAAUCGAUAACAACUGGAUGCCAACAAAGAACAUCCUACUAAAGACAUCAAUUGCAGAGUGCGGCUACUCCCUUCUCGUCCAACGACCCACCAACUCCUCCGUGCCUCCUCUUCAUCGUUGCAGCGACCCCAAAUCCCCUUGUCUGCCAAUGAUGGCCCCAUGGCAUUUCGUGGGCGUUGAUCAAGGUUUUCACCUUCAUCCCUUUUACUCCAACAGGUCAACUGGGGAUCCAAAAUAUUCCUUCAUUGCACAGGAGGAUUUUUAUGAGGUUGUUCGUUCGGAGUAUAAGAUUGAUCCUUUGAGGUGUAUAUCAAUGCAAGGUGUGGAUAAAAGUCGUUGUAACCAGUUUUCUACCAUUUAUGCUGUUACCAAUCAUAUUUACAUGUAGAUUAUUGCAUACAAAUCCUUGUGGGACAUAUUAUAUUUGCUAUCCCAAUGAUUUUGGUUAUAACUUUUUUACUUAAAUGAUUUGUAGAUAAAGAUUCGUUUUGCAAGUUCAUUAAGUUAUCUCAUGCAAA